GCCAGUGCUGGGCAGUGCUGGAGUUGCACCCGAGGACCCAGCAGUUGGCUUUCACAUCCAUCAGCUCCCAGAGCCAUGAGCCGAAGGAGUCUCUCGCUCCAGUUCCCGCUGCUGCUGCUCCUGCUGCUGCCGCCGCCCCCUGUCCUGCUCGCAGACCCUGGGGUGCCCUCACCGGUCAAUCCCUGUUGUUAUUAUCCAUGCCAGAACCAGGGUGUCUGUGUCCGAUUCGGCCUCGACCGCUACCAGUGUGACUGUACUCACACGGGCUACUCGGGCCCCAACUGCACCAUCCCUGAGCUUUGGACCUGGCUGCGGAAUUUCCUGCGCCCCAGCCCCUCAUUCACCCAUUUCCUGCUGACACAUGGACGCUGGUUCUGGGAGUUUGUGAAUGCCACCUUCAUCAGAGAAGCACUCAUGCGGCUGAUACUCACAGUACGGUCCAACCUUAUCCCCAGCCCUCCAACCUACAACUUAGCACAUGACUACAUCAGCUGGGAGUCCUUCUCCAAUGUGAGCUACUAUACUCGAGUUCUGCCCUCCGUGCCCAAAGACUGCCCCACACCCAUGGGGACCAAAGGGAAGAAGCAGUUGCCUGAUGUUCAGCUCCUCGCCCAGCGACUGCUGCUGAGGAGGAAGUUCAUCCCCGCCCCGCAGGGGACCAACAUCAUGUUUGCCUUCUUCGCACAACAUUUCACCCACCAGUUCUUCAAGACCUCUGGGAAGAUGGGUCCUGGCUUCACCAAGGCUUUGGGCCACGGAAUAGACCUUGGCCACGUUUAUGGAGAUAACUUAGAACGACAGUAUCGCCUGCGUCUCUUCAAGGAUGGAAAACUCAAGUACCAAGUGCUGGACGGAGAGGUGUACCCACCGUCCGUGGAACAGGCGUCGGUGUUGAUGCGCUACCCACCGGGUGUCCCGCUCGAGAAUCAGAUGGCUGUGGGCCAGGAAGUGUUUGGGUUGCUCCCAGGGCUGAUGGUCAUCUCCACGAUCUGGUUGCGUGAGCACAACCGCGUGUGCGACUUGCUGAAAGAGGAGCACCCCACCUGGGAUGACGAGCAACUCUUCCAGACCACUCGCCUCAUCCUUAUAGGGGAAACCAUCAAAAUUGUCAUUGAGGAGUACGUGCAGCAUUUGAGUGGCUACUUCCUGCAGCUCAAGUUUGACCCAGAACUGCUGUUCCGAGCCCAGUUCCAGUACCAAAAUCGCAUCGCCGUGGAGUUCAACCAUCUCUAUCACUGGCACCCACUCAUGCCCGACUCCUUCAAAGUGGGCACGCAAGAGUACAGCUAUGAGCAGUUCUUGUUCAACACCUCCAUGCUGGUGGACUAUGGUAUUGAGGCAUUGGUGGAUGCCUUCUCUCGCCAGAGGGCUGGCCAGAUUGGCGGGGGUAGGAACUUUAACCACCACGUUCUGCAUGUGGCUGUGGAUGUCAUCAAGGAGUCCCGAGAGAUGCGCAUACAGCCCUUCAAUGAAUACCGAAAGAGGUUUGGCAUGAAGCCCUACACCUCUUUCCAGGAGCUCACAGGAGAGAAGGAGAUGGCCGCUGAGUUGGAGGAGUUAUAUGGUGACAUCGAUGCUUUAGAGUUCUACCCGGGGCUACUUCUGGAAAAGUGUCAGCCCAACUCCAUCUUUGGGGAGAGUAUGAUAGAGAUUGGGGCUCCCUUUUCCCUCAAGGGUCUCCUAGGAAAUCCCAUUUGUUCUCCAGAGUAUUGGAAGCCCAGCACAUUUGGGGGUGAUGUGGGCUUCAACCUUGUCAACACAGCCUCACUGAAGAAACUGAUCUGCCUCAACACCAAGACCUGCCCCUAUGUUUCCUUCCACGUGCCAGACUCACCCAGAGAUGAUGGGCCUAUUGUAGAGAGACCGUCCUCUGAGCUCUGAGGGGGCAGGGAGGCAGCUUUCUGGAGGGAAGAGCUUUGUGUUUGUCCUUCUAGGAUGUCCUUCUGAGGCUGAGGUAGAUAGAAUGUCUGUUCCCUGCCUUGGCAUUGUGAGAAUUGACACUGACAUUUAGA